AGAGUUUAAAAGCUAAUGCAGGUGGAUUGGUUUGCGGUUUUCUGUACAGGUGGAAGAGAUGGCAACAUUAUGGUCUGGGACACCAGGUGCAACAAAAAAGAUGGAUUUUAUAGGCAAGUGAAUCAAAUCAGUGGUGCUCACAAUACCUUAGACAAGCAAACCCCUUCAAAACCUAAGAAGAAACAGAAUUCUAAAGGACUUGCUCCUUCUGUGGAUUUCCAGCAGAGUGUUACUGUGGUCCUUUUUCAAGAUGAGAAUACAUUAAUCUCAGCAGGAGCUGUGGAUGGGGUAAUUAAAAUAUGGGAUCUACGUAAGAAUUAUACUGCUUAUAGACAGGAACCCAUAGCAUCCAAGUCGUUCCUGUACCCAGGUAGCAGCACUCGAAAACUAGGAUACUCAAGUCUGAUUUUGGAUUCCACUGGCUCUACUUUAUUUGCUAAUUGCACAGAUGACAACAUCUACAUGUUCAAUAUGACUGGGUUAAAGACUUCUCCAGUGGCUAUCUUCAAUGGACAUCAGAACUCUACCUUUUAUAUUAAAUCCAGCCUUAGUCCAGAUGACCAGUUUUUAGUCAGUGGUUCAAGUGAUGAAGCUGCCUAUAUCUGGAAGGUGUCCACGCCCUGGCAUCCUCCAACUGUGCUCCUGGGUCAUUCUCAAGAGGUCACAUCUGUGUGCUGGUGUCCAUCAGAUUUCACAAAGAUUGCUACCUGCUCUGAUGACAAUACACUGAAAAUCUGGCGCUUGAGUAGAAGCUUAGAGGAGAAAUCAGGAGAUAAACUCUCCACAGUGGGUUGGGCCUCUCAGAAGAAAAAAGAGGCGAGAGCUGACCUAAUAACAGUGACAAGUAGCCAGAGUACUCCUGCCAAAGCCCCCAGAGUAAAGAGCAGUCCAUCUAGUUCCUCCCCUUCCUCAGCAGCUUGUGCUCCGAGCUGUGCUGGAGACCUCCCUCUUCCUUCAAAUACUCCCACAUUUUCUAUUAAAACCCCUCCUGCCAAGGCCCGGUCUCCCAUUAGCAGAAGAGGCUCCAUCUCCUCUAUUUCUCCCAAGCCACCCUCAUCUUUCAAGAUGUCCAUUAGAAAUUGGAUGACCCGAACACCUUCCUCAUCACCACCCAUCACUCCACCUGCUUCUGAGACCAAGAUCACAUCACCAAGAAAAGCCCUUAUUCCUGUGAGCCUGAAAUCAUCCCAAGCAGUAGCUUGCUCUGAGUCUAGAAAUAGAGUAAAGAGGAGGCUAGACUCAAGUUGUCUGGAGAAUGUGAAACAAAAGUGUGUGAAGAGUUGCAGCUGUGUGACUGAGCUUGAUGACCCAGUUGAAAAGCUUCAUUUGGAUCUGUGCUGCCUUACUGGUAACCAGGAAGACCUUGGUAAGGACUCUCUAGGUCCUACCAAAUCAAGCAAGAUUGAAGGAGCCAGUAUGAGUGUCUCAGAGCCUCCUUCUCCUGCCAGUCCUUAUGCUUCAGAAGGCUGUGGGACACUACCUCUUCCUUUGGGAUCUUGUGGAGAAGGGUCUGAAUUGGUAGGCAAAGAGAAUAGCUCCCCAGAGAAUAAAAACUGGUUAUUGGCCAUGGCAGCCAAACGGAAGGCUGAGAAUUCAUCACCACGAAGUCCAUCAUCCCAGACCCCCAAUUCCAGGAGACAGAGUGGAAAGACUUCUCCAGGCCCGGUCACUAUUACUCCCAGCUCCAUGAGGAAAAUUUGUACAUACUUCCAUAGAAAGUCCCAAGAUGACUACUGUAGUCCUGAACAGUCAACAGAAUUAUAGAUCCUAAUCUGA